AUGGAUAGCUCGUGCUACUUGUGGGCCGUGUUUCUGCUCGUUCUCUCUCUGGGCUUCAGGGUCGAGGAGGGCAUGUGCCAACACUACUAUCUCCUCCGGCCCAUUCCCAGUGACACUAUGCCCAUAGUGGACCUAAAGGAGGACCCGGAUCCGGUGCUGGACCCGAGGGAGAAGGACCUGAACGAGACGGAGCUCAGGAGCACUCUGGGCAGCCACUUCGACCCGCAGUCCAUGUCCCUGUCCCCGCGGGAGGACAAGUACGCGGGGAACGAGGACGCGAGCGAGGCGGACCCGCGGCAGAAGCUCUCCGGAGCGAUGCCCAAAGACAUCCGGGCCAUGGAGUUCGAGGUCCAGCACGGCAAGAAGCAGAAGCCGAGUAAAAAACUGCGGAGAAGGCUGCAACUGUGGCUGUGGUCGUACACCGGCUGCCCGGUUGUUUACGCAUGGAACGACCUGGGCAGCAGAUUCUGGCCGCGCUACCUGAAGGUGGGGAGCUGCUACAAUAAGCGGUCUUGUUCGAUCCCUGAAGGGAUGUUCUGCAAAGCUGCCAAAUCCGCGCAUUUUACGAUCCUGCGAUGGCGCUGCCUGCAGAAGAAGGGGGGUCUGAAGUGCGCCUGGAUACCUGUUCAGUAUCCGGUCAUAUCCGAGUGCAAAUGCUCGUGUCACAACUAA